AUGCGCUUCUCAACCACCACAGGCCUUAUCUCUUUCCUUACUCUCCUGUCAACAGCCACCGCCCGAAUAAUCGGACUGGAAACACCUCGCACUAUCGCCGCCGGGGAGCCUUUCACAGUCUCUCUUCUCACAGAAAACUAUAUCCAAUCUGUAUACGAUGUAGCCGCUGCGUUUGGCAUAUCUCCUGGUGCUGGUUACCCCGACACUCUUGGAACUGUUAUCGGGUCGAAUUACAUUGGUCCAGAUGGGUCCAACAGCCGGCAAAAGCUCAACUUCACGGUCUCGACAAACAAGGAUCACAGCGCUGGCCGUUCAACUCUUUCAGCAAGUGUUUUAAGUCUGUACGGUGUAUCGUCUGGUCCUAUUCUGUACCCUUUCAAUGUUUCGGUGACUGUUGGGGAUACGACUAGCACCGAGAAAGUCAACACUACCCUCUACACUCAGUGA